UUCUAACGAACGCUAGGAUUGGCUGCUGUGGAGCUGUCUGCAAAAGGCGGCAUCAGGCAAAAACCGCACUCUUGGCGCCCUGGGACCGGCCGCCGCCGCCGCUCUGCCUUUUUGUGAUGGAAGCAUCCUUGAACGCUUAUCAAGAUGAACAACCUCCUUUGCAGGCUGAAAAUUUCUGUAGGAAACAUGAAAAGAACAGCAAGUUGUCAGGAGUAAAAAUAGAUAUUGAAAAACUUUAUGAAGCAGUGCCACAGCUUGUAAAUGUGUUCAAAAUUAAGGAAAAAAUUGGAGAAGGUACUUUUAGUUCAGUUUAUUUGGCCACAGCCCAGCUACAAGCAGGAUGUGAGGAAAAAAUGGCACUGAAACACCUAAUUCCAACUAGUCAUCCUCUACGAAUUGCUGCUGAACUUCAGUGCCUUACAAUAGCAGGGGGGCAGGAUAACGUUAUGGGAGUUAAAUAUUGCUUUAGAAAAAAUGAUCAUGUAGUUAUCGUUAUGCCAUAUCUGGAACAUGAAUCCUUUUUGGACGUUUUGAACUCUCUCUCUUUUGAAGAAGUACGAGAAUAUAUGUUUAAUCUGUUUAAAGCCUUGAGGCGCAUUCAUCACUUCGGUAUUGUUCACCGUGAUGUCAAGCCCAGUAACUUCCUGUACAACAGGCGGCUGAAAGAGUAUGCCCUAGUAGAUUUUGGUUUGGCACAAGGAACCCCCGAUACGAAAAUAGAACUACUCAGAGUUGUCCAGUCUGAAAGCCAACAGGAGGGGUCUGCGCACCAUUCUGUCCAACGCUCUGUCUUUGGAGAGAGAAAUUUUAAUAUCCAUAGCUCCACAUACCAGGAGAGCCCCACAAUAAAACUCAUAAAGCAAUCAAAGGUGAUGGAUGUUGCAUCUAGAAAAUUAGCAACAAAGAAGAAGAUUAUUUCUACAAAAGCAGCGAUCAAUGGUAUAGCCAGGAAAGCUGCCAACAGUUGCCCAGCUAUCGUGACCUGUGACUGUUAUGCAACAGAUAGAGUUUGCAGUGUUUGCCUUUCAAGACGUCAGCAAGUUGCUCCUAGGGCAGGUACAUCAGGAUUCAGAGCACCAGAGGUGUUAACUAAGUGCCCUACUCAGACUACAGCAAUUGAUAUGUGGUCUGCAGGAAUCAUAUUCCUUUCUUUGCUCAGUGGACGGUAUCCAUUUUACAAAGCAAGUGAUGAUUUAACUGCUUUGGCACAAAUCAUGACUAUUCGUGGAUCCAGAGAAACUAUUCAGGCGGCUAAAACGUUUGGCAAAUCAAUACUGUGUACUAAAGAGGUCCCAGCACAGGAUUUAAGAACACUCUGUGAAAGACUGAGAGGAACAAAUAGCAGGUGUACUAAAACAACAAGUGAUGUGCACACCAACUCUUUUUAUGAACCUGCUUUGGCAAUUGACACAGACAAAAAGGUAGAGUUUGCUCCCCAACCACCGAGGGAAAAAAUCCAGUGUCUGAAGAACUGUCAUGAAGGUAACAAUGGCUUGGAAAUUAAGAUAACAGAAAAGGCAACUGAUUUGAAAGGAUGGGACAGAGUUCCUGAUGAGGCUUAUGAUCUACUUGAUAAGCUACUGGAUCUAAACCCGGCAACAAGAAUAACUGCAAAAGAGGCUUUGCUGCAUCAUUUUUUUAAAGAUAUCAGACAGUGAGAAGACACCUGAUUCCAUUAUUUCCUUGAUCUUUGCUUCACAUGAAAAUAUCAUACAGUAUUAAUUGAAUUUCAGAUGCUCACUUUGAGUUUAUCUUCGUGGCAUGUAGUGAUCUGCUUUUCUUGUACUGUGUGGAAGAGGUUUCUGAAAAAUUACCAGAAAUGUUUCUGGUGGAGGAAGGUUGGCGUCAUGGAUUGGAAGUAGAAUAUGGAGCAUUUCACCUUUUUAAAAAUCACAAUUUCAAGUCCAUUUCUUGUUACUAGCGCUAGAAACACCUUCUGAUGGCUGUUCAGUGGCCUAUGUGAAGUGAAUUUAUGGUUGUAGUCCAACUGUGGAAGACAAGUGUUCACAUUACUAAAACCCUUCCUUGCUGACACAGAUACCAAAUACUGAAUAAGCAAGACAAGUGACAUACUUCCUUCCUUCCCCCACCCACCCUCAGGUUAUUGCUGAAGCUCAUUGCUGAGGUGUGGGAAAAGUAGCUGUCUGUGCUGUACCUGUUCUAUGAGGAAAAGAAGGAGUUGGUCUAAGGCUGUCAAGUCAACUUAGUGCUUGUGAAAUUUAUUAUUUGUUUUAAAUCUUCUAGUAAAACUUAAUACAUUUGUGUAUUAUAUUUUAUAGGAAAGAUUUUAAGUGUGAUUAUAAUAUGAGGAAAUGUUGUGUGACUUUUGGUUAACAUAACAUGUCCACGUGCAUACAGCUCUUUCUCCUUGUGAUCCACUUACUUUCCAGCUCGUUGUACAUUUUGUAUUGGACAGCCUAGCUACAUUGCCACUGGCCACAAAUGGUCUAUCCAAGUCAUCCCUAGAGAAUACUUUAUUUAUUAAAAAAAAAAAAAAAACCCCCACAAAAAAACCCCUGCUAAUCUAGGGGUCAGGUAUUGUUUUGACUGUGUAACCUCCAUAAAGGCAAGUGUUCCAAGAAGUAUACCUUCCCCCUCCGCCCCCACUUGGGCAGUGGCGAUUAGCACGAUUGCUCUACUGUGCACAACUUGUACUUUCUCAACUAACGUAACAUGGGUAACUGUCAAUGCACACCACACUGAGUAGCUCAUGUGGCAUGUAUGCAUAUCAGUAUAACUGUUUUGGAAACUUAUAUUUUCACAAACUGUCCAUUAAAUAAAAGUUUUGCUUUUAUAACUUGGGGAAGAUUGUUUAGUGGUAAUAGUUUAAAACUGCCAAAAGAUUGGUAAGGAAGGGACAUCCUGAGGGAUAUCUCUGUGCAGAAAAUUAUAUAUUAAAAUGCAGAUUUUUGUUUUCCUGCAUAAAUCCCUCAGUGAUGGAAAACAGUUCAAUGGGCUUCACCAUAUAGGGCUGCUAUAUUCAGGGGUUUGUUAGUGUUUAAUCUUGAGCAAGUUUUUCAACAGAGUUAAAAGGAGCUAUUAUGUUGCCUGUAAUAUGCUCCAGCCUGAAAUUUGCCCUAAACCAUCUCAGCCUAAAAGCAAGUCUUUAAUUAUUUCAAAUUUGCUAAACCACAAUUUUACUGAUUUCUGUGUAAAUGUUACCUUGUUUUAAAGUUGGAUUAAUUUUAGAUAUUAAAACUGUUUAAUUUGAUGUAACAUAGGCAGUAGAUUUUAUAAAUCUUAUCUCCUUUCUCAAUGUUACUCUGUAUUCAUGAACAGUAGUGGAAAUUUUUGUUUUCAUGCAGUUAAAAAUGAAUCAAGAUGGAGGCAAAAAUGAAUCAAUGUUGCAUUUGUGGAAUGAUUAAACACGGAAGCCAAGUUCAGAGGAGUGAAUCACCAAAGCCAUUUAUUAGUUUAGUUAUGCAAGUGCACACCUAUCAAACUCACAAGGAGAUAAGUGGGGAAAUAUUUAUGGUAUGCUUCUCUUACUUUCCAUUGAUCCUUGGGGAUCCAGGCUUGGGUAAGGCGAUCAAAGCCUGGGCUGAAAGUGGACAGUUUUGUGGGAGAAGACUGAAGAACAAGUUAUGUGCAAUUCCGGUAUACUAGCAGAUUGAGCUGUUAGACCCAUUGUUGACAACGCUUGAGGCUGUCAUCUGGCACUGAGAAGGGUUUAGCCUGUUACAGGGAGAGGGAGAGAAUAAAAUUUUCCAGAACUUUUAAGAAAUAAGUCUCAAGCAUGCUUUGUGGAAUUGUAUUGAAAAGUUUUGCCCCAUUUAUGGUAAAAGAAACUUGAUAGGGUAGGGGUGACCCCACUGUUGACAACCAUUAUUAAAUGGGGUUUAUAGCCUUGCUCUAGUAGUAGCAGCAGCAUUGUUGUAACCUUUUGGGGCCUCAGUCAUGGAGCAGGGCUGUGUUGCUAUUCACUGUACAAACACCUAACAAAGAGAUGCCCCUUGCCACCAAUGAAAAAAUCAUAGUGAGGAAAUAUUCUCUGCACGCAUCCAGGCCUAUGGAAAGGUUUUGUGCAGAAGAGGAAAAGGUUUCAUACCUCCACCUGACACGUGUCUACAGCUUAUCUUCUCUAUGGCUACAAUGUUAUGUAAGUUGAGCGAGAACUAUUUCCCAAAGUGAUGCAAAUUUAGCACUCUGCAUUGCAUUUUGGCUAUAUCACAGUUGUGGAUACACAGGGUUUCUCUCAUGAACACAUACAGUUUCUGUUAUAAAUUAAGGGUCUGACUCUGCAAAAACUUAUAACCAAGCAUAGUUCUGACUAUCAUGAGUUGGCCCACUGAAGUUAUAGUAAUACCAGGCAUAAUACUUACUAAGUGCUGGCAGGAUUGGGGCCUAAGCAACAACUGUCCCUUGAAUUCUGAAGAAAUGUGGGGUUUGUAUUUAAAAUGGUUAGAGCAAAACCAUUAAAUUAAUGUCACAGAACUUGCAAUAUUUUCAUUAUGCAAAGUGAAGUUGCUC